GUGGUAUUCUAUUUAUAUUUUAUAUUCAAGGAAAAACAUGGCGAAUGAAACUGCAAGAAAUAUAAAUUGGACUUAUGCACAGGCGAAACGAAAAUGCAGUGAAAAACAUUCAUGUUUUGUUGAAAUAGAAACACAAGAACACAUAGCUUUAUCUCCAUAUUAUAUUGGCCGUAUUAAACACGGUGUUCAAGAGCAAAUUGAACAUAAAAUACAACGUUGGAAAUUUCUUGAUGAAUAUGGCGGGAUUAUAGUUGCUUAUGAUAAUAUAAAAGUACUGCAAAGAUCAGCAGAGAUUUAUGAUGAAUCUCCAUUAUUACAUUUUGAUAUUAAAGUGAAUUAUAUCAUAUUUAAACCAGAGAUUGGAAAGAAGUUAUUUGGUGUAGUAAAUAAGACAAGUAGCAGCCAUGUUGGUUGUUUGGUUCAUGAAAGAUUUAAUGCAUCAUUGGCUAAACCAAGAUUGUGUAAGAACAGUUGGGUUGGGAGUAAUCUGGAGAUUGGAAAUGAGUUUGUAUUCCGUGUUUUGGAUUUAAGGACUGUUGCAGGAGUGUUGUCAAUUGCAGGACACAUUAAAGAGAAAGACAUGAAGUAUGUCAAGUGAGUAUUGUCAGAUCAGUUGAGGACAGUAUUAAAAAUUAAUAGAACUGGAAGUCUGGAAUGCUGCCUUCAGAUAAACUGCAUAUUGUUUUCUUGAAGUCAAAUCUGAAGCCAAACCCUGCGGUCAAGACCCACAUGUUUAUUUUUGGCACUGUUAAAGCAUUGGGGCCAAAUAAAAAUAAUAGUUGGUUUCAGGUUUCUGACCGACCUGUCAAAACUAUGACCGACCAUAAACAUUUUAUUGACAUUUCUGUAAAAUUAAAACAGUGAUAGCCAGGGUCUUAGCUAGGAUUUUAGAUCUUGGGCGUGUUUCUAAUAACCAGGGUGUGCACAUGUCAAUUACCUUGAAUAGCCAAAUUUACGGUUCUAGUUUUGCUCGCCAACAACAUGCAAACAAUGCCUGUUGUUGUUCUGUGCUUCGCAACCAAAAUACAAGGCGAGCAUAAUUACGCUCAUAUUGCACAAUGACAUUAGAAUAUUAAGUUAUUUCAGCAACCUUGGGGGUAUUUAUAACCAUUUUAACACCAUACAGUUCCCAUUAUCCAUCAAAACAUUAAAACAUUACGGAUCACUUAAUUGCCAAUUUCAACAACAACAGUAGAUUUUACAAACUUUCUUAUGACGUAAAUUGGAAGAAAUUCUGUCUGUUGUAAGUACUGUAGCACCACCUUAUUUUAUGAACCUACACGGCCUUAUAUAAAUAAUAUAAAUAAUGAAGCCGCGUUCAUUUUAUCCAUUUUAUCCGUGAUUUUCCACUUUUGGCCGCGAUAACACGGCCAACAGGCCCUCUAGCUAAGACCCUGGCGAUAGCCAUUCAUCUCUGUGUCAAGUACCCUUUUAAUGCAAUGUUUUGAAAGAAACUUUGUGGUAAUGGUAAUGAAGGGCAAAAUUGGAUUCAUCAGUUGUACAGUCAUAAUUCAUUAAUACACUGAUACAUAUGUACACUACAUGCAUCCCUAACUUUCUAUGGGAGUCAUGAGCUAGAUGGCUGCACCUCCCCUAAAUUUUUUUUCACCUCCACUACUUCCACCAAAAUCCAGCCUUCAUUAUACAUAAACUGAAACAGCUGGUUAAUUAAAUCUUAAUGAAAAGUUAGUGGUAAUUGAGCUUUUGCACACCUUGCCCUAGGACUGAUCAGGGGAAAUGAUACUACUCAGGACUAUAACAGCAAGAAAUUGUUUAUGAUCAUCGGAAAAGUACGGUUUUCACUGCCAAAUUGCCAUAAUCGAGAACUUUGGGAAUGAUAUUUCAAGCCCUGCUAACUGGAUAUCGGUUACUGAUUGUGGUCUAUUGCUUUAGUAUGUGCUUUAUCUCUUUAUAUAAUAAGCAUAAAUAUUUGUGGCAUAGGCAUUGGUUAGGCAACCUUGCCAACUUAUAGCAGAAAGCAGUUUAUGUCACGAUAAAAUUUUCUGCAUGCCCAGUAAAUUGUUUUAACAGCUUUUUGAGUUUUUGAACAAUGUCAAGCAGCAAGAAUGCACACAGGACUCAAAGACCCAUGUCACCCAUUUCAACAUUGCUUUAAAUUUGUUUACUAUAUGAGGGCAAAACUAGUCCAGAUGGCAUGUGAAUGUUAUUGGAUGAUCAUUGUUUAAAUAAAAAAGUAGUGUUCAGAAAUCAAAUGAAGCCUUUAUAAGGUAUAAUACUGGUGCUUAUGUUUUACCUUAAAGCUAUUUUUUAGUACUUUGAGAGGAUUGAGUUGUUUGGGUGCUAUGGAGCAUGGGCACAGAAUAGAGAGAAACAGAAGAUCGACUUCUUGGUUUUUCCUACGAUUUCGGCGUAACCGUAAUUCGUCAUCAAAAUGAUGACGCCAGUGGUCCUAGCCAGUGCGCUUAUGGAAGGCAUUCACCCCCCUUAUAAAAUUCAAAAUGGUGGACAUCCAUUGGGUAAAUGCCUCUUAUACACCACUGGCUAGGACAAUGGCAUUUCAGCAUUUUGAUGACGAAUCAUGGCGUGGCAUGGGUGGUUACGUUUUUGACUUAGCCGUCCUUCUGCAUGUCUUCAUUCUGUGGUAUGGGCCUACUAUUGUGCCACCUAUAAUAAUGUCAAACAUCUGCUGAUCUGGGAAUUCUAUUGGAAACUCUGCUUGUUUCAUAUUUUUCUAGGAGUGGGAAUUCAAGAUCAACUGAAGAUCACAGGUUGUCUUUAGACCAAUCUGAAGGUAGUGCUGAAGACAGUGAAAACAAGAAAAAUAAAUCACUAAAAACAAAUCAUGAGGAAACAGUACUGGACAUUAACGAAAACUCUUGUAAAAAAGAAAAAAAGAAGCGUAAAAAACAUGAUGUGCAGUCCCAAAAUAACUCAACCUCAGAAUCAGGUGCUAACAAGAAUGAUUCUUCAGUUAAAAAACACAAGAGGAAAAAAUUGGAUAUUGGGUAAAAUUAUUUUUGAUUCAGGUAGUGAUGAAAAAUAUACCUUAUUCAUUAUUUAUAUUUGUGUGUUUUAUCCUAUUUUUGUUGGGCAAACAUCUGUUCAUAUUUUCCUGCCAAUAUAGUUUAGUGGCUUUAAUAGGGAGCAGUCAUUAUUAAUGUUGUGAGGUGGGGUGGAAGACAUUUGGAGAUACCGGU